CGGGCGGUCCCGAAGGCGCUGCAGGACCGCCGUAUCUUCUCUCUGGACCUUUUGAACCUCUCCGCGGGGACUUCAAUGCGGGGGGAGUUCGAGCGGCGGAUGAAAGACAUAAUCGCUUAUCUGCAAAGACACAAAAAAGAAGUUAUUCUUUUCGUCGACGAAAUCCACACUCUCGUGGGGGCCGGCAAGACUGCGGGCUCUUCAGACGCCACGCAAAUCCUCAAAGUCCCGCUCGCGAGAGGAGAGAUCGUGCUUGUGGGGGCGACGACUUUGGAAGAAUAUAAACUCCACAUUGAAAAGGACGCGGCCUUUUGCCGCCGCUUCCAAAACAUCGUCGUGGAGGCCCCCAGCAAGGAGAAGGCCCUUUCCCGCGGCAGUCGCCUUGGCUGCUCCCAGCUGCUGCUGCCGCAGCCGCUGCUGCUGCCGCAGCAGCAGCUGCAGCAGCAGCAGCAGCAGCAGCAGCAGCAGCAGCGUGGUGUGCCUGCAGCAAUCCUGCAACGCGUGCGGCCGCACUACGAGCAGUUUCACCAGCUGGAAAUCCCCGAAGAAGUGCUGGAGGCUGUCACCAACUUGGCCGACCAGUACGUGAAGCAGCGCGCCUUUCCCGACAAGGCUUUGGACCUCCUCGACGAGUCUUGUUCUUGGAAAAGAGUUUCCCACAACAAACAGAUUAACCUCCUCCAGAAACGGCGCGCCCAACUCAAGAAACACGCGCAGCAGGAGGAAGAAGAGGAGCUGAAGAAAGUUGAGGAGGAGUUGGCUGCUCUGGAGGCGCUGACUGCGAGAGUUGUGGGACAAGACCGGGCGGUGAAGGCGGUGGCCGACGCGCUGGCCAUCCAGCGCGCGGGGCUGAGUCCGAAGAACAAGCCGCUGGGCACUUUCCUGUUCCUGGGGUCUUCGGGGGUGGGGAAGACGGAGCUGGCCAAGGCCGUGGCCGAGGAAAUGUUCGACUCCGACAAAAACUUAAUUAGACUCGACAUGGUGGAGUACCAAGAAGCCCACAGCAUCUCGCGGCUGAUUGGCCCGCCGCCGGGGUACAUGGGCAACGACGAGGGCGGGCAGCUCACGGAAGCUGUCCGCCAAAAGCCGCACAGUGUUGUGUUAUUUGACGAAGUCGAAAACGCCCACAAGAACUUGUGGUCUUUGCUGCUGCCGGUGGGCCUUUGCGGGCUUUGCUCGGCCCAGGCGCUGCAGGCCAAGGCCGCAGCCAUUAGAAGGGAAUCUUUGUUUGCUUUUUUCAUGUUUUUGCAACUUUAA